UGUUAUUGAAAAACAAAUAAAAAAUUAAUUAAAUAAAAUUUACAUCUAUUAUCUCUGCAAAGUCGACGCAAAGGGUUAACCAACAGGAAGCAAUCGUAUGUAAAUAGAAAUGCAUUACGAUUGUAUGUGAAAAGGAUAGAAACUCGAAUCAAUAAUAAUUACUUAGAGAAAGUGAAGAGUGUAAAAUAAGCGUAACAUUUUGCGUAUGUUUGAACUUUUAUUCAAAGUAACAUUGUGUUCCCUGUGUCUGCGUUUUUGAGCGCACGACGACGAAAAGUUACUGCAACAACGAUGAAAAGAAAAGAAAAAUUAACUUUUCUUUGGCUUUUGGCGAAAUUUCUAUGGAAAGACAAUCACACAAAGUUUAUAUAAAAAAUAAAUUACAUUAAUAAUGAGGAACGUGAGUGAGUGUUUAAUUAAGUGUAACGUGCAAAUGUAAAUAAAUGAAUGGUUUUUCGUUGAAAUUACAUAAGAAAGGAUAUAUAUCUGUCGCUCUGAUAUCAAGUGAUAAAUACGCUUCAAAGGACGGAUUAUGCUGCGGAAAUGAAUCUGUCUUUGGGUACGCGCACUGUCUUAAUUAUUUGUUACUUCGUUCAGGGCUUCGUUGCUUUGCGGCUUUUGAAAGUAUCAAUACCCUCCUAUAAAUUGAGGGGUGAAUCUGUAUUUCUUGAAUGUCAAUACGAGUUGGAUAAAGUAAGAGACAUGUCUUUAAUAAACUCAUACAGCCCUAAUCGUGAUAAUGAACCCGAUAAUUCCCGAGAUGACGGAUGGACAGUGCAUAGGCGAAUGCGUGUUUAUCAAAGUCAAGCAAAUUCACAUCUGCAACGUCAUCGACGGCAAACAUACUAUCAGUCACAAUCACCUAACCAGCAAAAGAAAUACGAACAAGAGCGAGAACAAAAUCAGAAUUUAUAUAUGCAACAGCACCCGUCAUAUUAUGCAGAAAAAAAUGAGCAACGAAAACUAUAUCACCGCCAGCAGCCUCAGCCAGAACUAACGCCCAGCGAGCAACUAUAUACAUAUCCUUAUCAAACACCAACUUCACCAUAUGGGCAUAGCAUAUAUCGGGGGAGAAGCUCAACAUCCGUGCAUGAUGUUGUCGGAGUUAAUUUAUACAAUACUAACACAUAUAGAGGAUGGGGUGAAAGCAGUCGCAGCGUAAGCAGUUUCGGACAAAUGGAACGCGAUAACAGUUUUGCCGAUAGCACUGAACAUGACGAUGAAGAAGACAAGGAAGAAGACAACGAAGAGGAAGAAGGCGAAGCUUUGUACGCCAUAAAAUGGUACAAAGAUAACGAAGAAUUCUAUCGUUAUGUGCCAAAGGCCAAACCACCAAAAACUAGCUAUAGAGUGGAUGGUGUGCGGGUGAUUGAAGAACAUUCAGACAGUAGCAGAGUAUUGCUGAGAGGCUUAACAAUAAAUUCGACGGGACUAUAUCGUUGCGAAAUUUCAGCGGAAGCUCCGAAUUUUUCAUCUGUCGAAGCCGAGGGGCAUAUGGACGUCGUCUAUCUUCCACGGGAUGGUCCUUACAUUAGGGGGCAACAAUCCCAAUAUCAAAUUGGAGAAAUACUAGAUUUAAACUGUACAUCAGGGAAAUCACAUCCUGCCUCACAUUUACAAUGGUUUAUAAACGACGAAGCGGUUGUUGAAAAACUUAAUUUAAUCAAAUACAACGACACGAUUCAUCGUCAUGGCCUCAUAACGACAACACUAGGCCUAGAGAAGAUGGUUGAAGCGGGGAAUUUCCACAAGGGAGCUAUGCGAGUGAAAUGUGUUGCCAGUUUGUCGCCGGUACUAUGGAAAGGCGACAAAGAAAGUGUUUUGCAACGUCGACGACCAGGCUUAAUUGACAAUCGAGAAGCCAUGUUGUUAGUUCACAGUUCAGCGCCAAAGCGUAAUAAAAUCGAUGGUUCGCUGGCACUAUUUGUUGUUUUGACUAUAACGGUAUUUCCAAGAGAAUUUCAUCGACUAUCGCUGCUGCUUACUAUAUUAUAAUGAAUUCGAACGCAUUUCUGAAAUGUAUAUAAAUGAUUUACAUUAUACAUCGUGAAAUAUCUAUGAUACUCUUGCUUAUGUCAAGUAAGCGAUAUCGAAAAUCUCUCAUUUAAGCUGAGAAAGUGAUCUAUAUGUUAAUUAAAAACCAAAGAUUUUUACAAUUAUUAAAAUAACUUUUCAAACAUAAGGAUAUGAACAAAAAUAGCAUAACGACGAGUAACUUAUACAUGUUUAAACAAAUAUAAUGUUAAAAGAUUUAGUUAAUAUUUUCUUCGAACGCGGAUUUAAUUCAAUAGAACUUCUUUUGGAGUGGACUUUGCUCUAAGGUCUAAACAGUGGGUGAAAGUAUAAGAAAAAUUUCAUAGUUUAUAAUAUCGAAAAUCUCGAUCCUAAACACUGCCUAAUUUUUUUUUAAUGGAUAUCAAUAAUCCCCUUUUAAAAAUGUCUAACCGUGAAAGCGGUUGGAUGUAGGUUGUAUUCCAUUGAAAAAUAUCAAAAAUUGUAUAAAUACGCCUAUUUAUAUAUAGUGGCAGCCUGUAAUAAUAUAUUUUAGAAGAUUUGAUCAAAUCUGUACAAAUUUAAGUUUCAGCUGUGCAGCUAAAUAUUUCGUCUCUAAUCAGUUUUCAGCAUACACAUGCAGCUUCUUUUCUCUAUUUUUGUUUUUCUAAAGGAGCAGCUCAUAAAACUGGGUCUCGAUAGUGCAUCCUUCUGGUGACUCUUAUUUUUUAGGAAGGUGCUUACCAGCUCGUUUUAUAACCACAUAUGAGCAUUCCGUCAAUUGGUUGGCAUGUUACGUAGUCUAACUUUUUCCAAAGGCAUUCUAAGUCAGAAAGUUGCAAUCAUGAAGAAAGCCCGCUUCAUGAGAAUAGCUCAUAACCGAUACAUUCGGAUUAUCGCUGCUCGCGUAUGGUGAUGGUAUGAUCUUCAUUUUUUGUGCCUGUCUGCGCUCAAGCGGGAUGACGAAAUCUUACAAUAAGGAUAGGGAAACCUAGUCCUAUUGUAAUAUGUGGCAUUAAUUGGCUAUCAUGGAUAUAAAAAUAUGUUUUUAAAAUAUCACAUAACAUAUAGGACGUCAACAAGAGGCAUAAUCCUUAGGUAAAACCUUAGGCAUCCGAUUUGCAAAUGCGAGUCGUUGCCCAGUACAUACCAACGAUCAGCAAUUAGUAUAUCGCCCAUGUGCACGUAAACAGUGUAACACUUUCAUGCAUUACUUUUAACUUUUCUGUUAUAUAUAUAUAUAGAUAUAUAUAUAUAUAUAAUAUUAGAUUAAGUUAGGCAAGUAAGCGUUGCUUAAUUGCUGGGCAAAUAAAUGCAUUUAUAGUUACGUAAGAUGAAACCAUGUCAAAUAAUAUAAGAUGUAUAUCAGUA